UUUUUUUUUUGGUGCUCCUCCUACUCCCUUCUUUGCUUUCUCCCCCACUCUCCUUCUUGUUCACACACUCCAUCGCGGAAAUGAAAGUGAAAAUUGCAAUUUCAGAGCCUGCAGAGGUCAUCGAUCCUUUUAUAACAGAUCUAUCGUCCUAUAUCGCAAAGAGCAAACGUGCCAUCGUCGUCACCGGUGCAGGCAUCUCUUGUAGUAGCGGCAUACCUGAUUUUCGCUCUUCAGACGGUUUAUAUAAUUUAGUGAAACAACGCCAUCCUGAUACCGUUCUUCGUGGAAAAGAACUGUUCGACGCGACACUCUUUCGCAACGAAAAGACAAUUAAAUGCUUCUAUACCUUUAUGGCUGAACUACGAGCCCUUAUUUCCAACGCCAACCCGACGCUCACGCACCAAUUUAUCCAAUCCUUGACCCAUAAGGGCCAACUUUUGCGCUGUUAUACACAAAACAUUGAUUUUCUAGAAGAAAAUCUCAACAUUCCUGCUAUUCAACUGCAUGGUACCAUGAAAGAGGUGCGCUGCACCUUAUGCAGCGCCACCUACGACUUUACCGACGAUUACGCCCAACAAUUCAUGACGGGCGAAGCGCCUAUCUGUCCCCAAUGCGAAUCGGUAGAAGCAGAAAGAGCUCGCCAGGGCAAACGACAAUUAGCCGUCGGCACCCUAAGACCGGCCAUCGUGCUGUACAACGAAGACCAUCCCAACGGCGAAUCCAUCGGUCAACUACAAGUCAAUGAUCUGAAAAAGAAGCCCGACCUGAUGAUCGUCAUGGGCACGUCCCUCAAAAUCCCUGCCUUGAAAAAGUUUAUCAAACAAGCAGCAAAAAUCAUUCACGAAAAGCCAGGCGGCAUCGUUGUCUUUGUCAACCGUACCAGCCCCACCAAAGAAUGGGAAAAAGUGUUUGACUACGAAGUCUUGGGCGAUACCGAUGAAUGGGUCGAGUGGACCAACAAGAAAUUGGCCGAUGAAAAGCUGAUGAACCAGACUGCCCUCAAGUUGAGACGCCUUGCCAAAGAACGUCAAGAGAGUGCCGACUAUGAAGACGACGACGACGACGAUGAAAAAGAAAACACGCCCGUCAGGAAACGCCGAAAUAACAGCGCGAAAACCACAGCUAAACAACCGUCACUUAAACGAACAUUAUCCAAAUCACAAACCACCAUCACUCACUUUGCUGUCACUAAACGUCGCAAUACCGCUCACGCUAAAGCCAAUAAAGUCGUAUAAUAGCAGCGGCUAAAUUGAAUGAAAGCAAACGCUGAACAACAACAACAACAACAACAACAACGAAUGAACUGGCAACCCCCCGUUUAAGAUGUAUACGCCUUUAUCCAGUAUUCUAUAACAGCUAUAGUUAAUUUUUUAAUGAUGGACAAAUUGACCCAUACUACUUUUACUGUACAUACUCUUUAUUUACUAUUUGUAUAAAGGUCAACGAACAAUAAUAAACAACACACACCUUUGAAUCAUCUUUUAGCCAUACCAAGCAUGACGGAACUCUAGGACUCUGAAAUUAAAAUAAUAAAAAAAAAUUCUGAGUGCAAUGAAAGGGGGCGGCGCGUUUAGAUGUGUCUUAUUUUCGAUGG